AUGGGUGUGCUCGCACCGGCAGCGGCCAUCCCUCCCGACAGCCACUCCCCGGCCGCCUCCUGCCCCUCGGCGACGGCCAGCACCGAUCCGGCGACGCCCAUCGCGGAAGAGGCUCCGGGGCCGAGCCGCCGCAGGGACCCCGCGGGGACCAUGGACGUGCAGCCGGAGCCGCGGCGGGGGCUGCUCCUGCUGCGGGACCUGCUGCGGGACCUGCUGCUGCUGCUGCUGCACCUCAGCUUCUUGCUGUGCUCCUGGCUGCUGGCCGCGCUGCUCUGCCUGCUGGCCACCGCGGCCGUGGCGUGCGGGGCUGCGCUGGCGCUGCUGCGCGGCUGCUGCGAGGGCACGGAGGGGCUCUCGGGGCUGUCCCGGCUCUCGGGGAUCUCGGGGCUCUCGGGGCUGUCCCGGCUCUCGGGGCUCUCGGGGCUGUCCCGGCUCUCGGGCCCGGCACAGCGCGCGUGGGGCGCCGGGCUGCGCGGCGGGCAGGCGCUGGGGGUUGGCACCUGGCUGCUGAUGGACCCGGGCAAAGUGUGUCUGGCCGCCACACGGAGCCUCUUCAGGCCGCUCGCCGCCCUCCGGGACUCGCUGGCUGGGUCUGUCCUCAGGGUCAGGGAACUGCUGGCCGCGUUCCUGGCGCUCGUGGCCACUAGAGCCACUGCCGUGUCCAUCCGGCUUUGGCUGCGCUGCCAGCUGGCCGUCAAGCUCCUCUGCUCCGCCACCGUGGUCUUCAUCAGCGUCUACUUCCUGGCUGUUGUGUGUCACAGCGGUGCCCGGAGCCUCGGCGCACCGUUUGUCACCCUCUGGGACUCACUCACCAGUCUCAUUUUCGGGGUCACCGACCUGCUGGCAGCGUUCUUAGCUCAUGUGUCCGGUGCUGCCAUCGCCGUGUCCAUGCUGCUCUGGUGGCUCUGCCAGAUGGCCUUUGAGUUCCUCUGCUCCAUCAGCAAGGUCUUCAUCAGCAUCUGCUUCCUGGUCAGCGGCCUGGUCAGGAGCCUGCUCAGCCUGUGUCUGAUGGGCACUCAGUACCUCCCCAAGCUGCUGGCUGUCCUCUGGGACUUGCUGUCCAGUCUGCUUCUCGGGGUCACCAGCGUGCUGGUGAUGGUCCUGGCGUACCUCUUCAGGGCCCUGUUUAUCCUGCUGUGGUUGCCCUUCCAGCUGGCCCUCAUACUCCUCUCCUUCGUCACACAGGUCUUCACCAGCAUCUUCUUCGUCGGUGUUUACAUCCUGGGCUUGCUGUUGCGCAUUGUGUUCCUCGUUGUCCUUGUCGCUGUCAUUUACUGCAAUCAGGAGGUGCUGUGGAUGCUGAAGGGACAUGUGCUGGGCUCCUCCCGCCGCCUGCAGCCGGUCCUGCGGCGGCUCUGCCAGGUGGCUGUGGUGACCCUGCGCAGGGCCACGGCCUCCCAGCCCUGGCACAGGCUGGUGGACUGGGUUCUGACCGACUGGAGCCAGGCAGGCAGGAGGAUGAACCAGGGAAGGGAGCAGCUGGAUGCAGGGCAGGCGCCAGAGCCACGGCCUGCGGUGAGCUGUGCUGGGGCAGAACAGCAUCUCCGGACACCCAGAGGGGAGCUGGGCACACCUGGCGGGAGAGCUGUGAGCAGGCAGCAGCUGAACGCAACAGCCGGGAGUGCUGAGGGAACCUCGGGUAACAACCCCUGGGUGCUGCUGAAAGAACAGGAGGAGCAGAAGAAAUGCGUCAUCUGCCAGGACCAGACCAAGACGGUCCUGCUGCUGCCCUGCAGGCACCUGUGCCUGUGCCAGGAGUGCACGGAGGUGCUCCUGCAGCAGGACAUCUACCAGCGCAACUGCCCCCUGUGCCGCGAGGUGAUCCUGCAGACCCUCAACGUGUACCUGUGAGCCCGCGGGGGGCUUGGGCUGUUUUCCCAGGAGGUCAAGGACACCCCUGUGUGCACUUCCCAGGGCUGCCAGGAGCAGCUCCAAGAACUGUGGAUGGUGCUGGAAGGGCAGAACGCUGUGGGGUGUCUGCUGGUCACAUUUGCUGCCUAACUAGGUUGUAGCCCUUGCUAACAAGCACAAUACUGAUCUCUGCAGCAGGCUGGAAGAGUUACCUGUUUUUUGUUGACAACUUUUGCUGUUCCAAGGCCUGUUGGGUGCAUUGAACCUGCAGCAGCCUGAGAUCCACAGCAGAGGGCAAAAGGAGGUCUGGUCCCU